AUUAAUUCACUUUACUUGAAAUGAUUGCGGUAAAGUAUUUCAUUUCAUAUCCAUCAUGAAUAAGUAAAUAGUACGAUAGAAAUUGAUAAAAUCGCAUGUCAGAAGCAUUCGUGUUUUUUUUCCUUCAUACCGAUAGGAUACACCUUCCUACUUGGACUGCCAAUGCAUUGUAAUGCACUGUCGUUCAACCUAAAAAUCCUUAACACCAAAAAUCAAUGCCAUUACGAUGUACACGCGCGCAACACAGUGCACACUAGCGUUGAUUUUUCGCCUGCUCCUUGUUGGGUGGCUCCUUACGGCAUAGCAACGGUUACCAAAACAAAUUGUACUAUGAAGGAACGUAUGCAUCGUUUUGCUGUGUAGAUUUACACACACACAAACCCGUAUACUACCAGCCUGUUUCCCGUGUCGUAUCUGUACGUGCGAAAAGGAUACGGACGGGUUCGGUUCUGUGCUGCACGUGAGAAACAGUUUUAUUUUUUCCUUGUACAGUGUUAGAUGUUUGUUUUCGAUAGAAUGUAUUCUUUUCUGUAUUUGGUUAACCUUUGCUGGGUUUAAGUUGCGCUUAAGUAAAUAGUAUCAUUCGAGCGGUCCAUUCGUUUCCUAGCAAAUGUAUCUCAAAUCAGUGCAAUGUGUUAUGCAACGUACGAAAAGUAGUGCCUAACGGGGUGGGUCAUUUACCAGCGCUUGUAUAGGCAAUAGAAUUUCCUAUCGAUGUACAAGUUUCCAUGAAGCGCAACUGUGCAGCAUGGAAAUUGCGGCCAGCGAGCAAAACUUUUCGUCAUGUACAGUUCAGUAGAACAACCGUAGAUCCGUUGUACAAAUGAAAAUUCCGGAUCAAGGUAAAACAAUAUGUUGACCUUUCACUAGUGUACGCGGCUACAAACGGCGCGUGUUUCAACUCGCAUCGAAACUACGAACACGCUUCACACCAACCGCAGAAAGUUACUUUUUCGUUUCUCUUGUCGCUGGGCAAAGGAACGCAAAACACGCGACAAGACACCACCCAGUACGAGUACCGCUUCUAUGCUGGUGAACGGUUAUGUGUGAUCAAUAUCUUCUACCUCCUUUUAUCGAUACUUCAGCAAGAAGAAGCUUGCACGGGAUUCUGGUAACAUCCUAAUCCGUCAUCACUUCGAACGCUGUGCGUGAGUGUGAGAAUACCUCGGGGACAAAGCAAAAACCCGAACAUUAGUGUAAUUAUCCAAAGUCUUAAGCAUACUCGUGCUCUGCAUCCAGUAUCAUCAUGGGGCUGUUCGAUAAGUUGGCCAACAUGCUGAAGAUAAAAAAGGAACAGAUCAACAUACUGGUUGUGGGAUUGAACAACAGCGGCAAAUCAACGAUUGUGAACCACUUCAAGAACCCGAACGAACGGACCUCUAUCGUUGUACCGACGGUUGGAUUUAGUGUCGAACGGUUUGAAAUUUGCCUUUUAAUUCCAGAUCAGGGGGUUUUCUUCACCGCAUUCGACAUGUCCGGUGCAACAAGGUAUCGCAGCCUGUGGGAGCAUCACUUCAAAUCAUGCCAAGGAAUAGUUUUUGUGAUCGAUUCGAGUGAUCGUAUGCGUUUAGUGGUCGUAAAGGACGAGCUGGAAAUUCUACUACAGCAUCCGGAUAUUGCCAACCGACGUGUGCCCAUCCUUUUCUUUGCCAACAAAAUGGACUGCACGGAUGCGCUGUCGAGCGUAAAGAUUGCGGCCGGUUUAGGGCUGGAGAAAAUCAAAGACAAACCGUGGCAUAUUAGUUCAAGCAAUGCGCUCACCGGGGAAGGCUUGCAGGAUGGUGUCCAGUGGAUGGUUCAUCAGAUCAGAGAGUGCGUAGCGAACAGCAAGGAACAUCGGUAGAUAGUGUUUAGUUUAAUAAAAAAAAAUCAUUUCUAGCGUACUCAGCCUCGAAACAGCAUCAUUGUUUUAUGUGAUCUAUUUUAUCCUGAAUAAAGCUUAAGUAUA